CCCACCGCAACCUCCGACCGCGCCGCCAUCGCCGCCGGCGCAGGAACGCAACCAUCACUUGCAUUCAGGGCCAGGCACAAGUUACAACCGGUGGGACGCCGCGGGUACCCACAGAAGGAACCUGCCACUAUGAAUCGUGAUGCUCAGCACAGACCGCGGCCCUCCUUCAAUGGCCUAGGUACUGUGUAUCCGUACCUACACCAAGACUCCAGGGACCACAAGCACGGGAAUCUGUCAUCCAUUCUCCAUUGUGCCGAAACCGACUCAGCCCUCCCGAUAUCAUGUCCCGGCAUUCAGUACCCUACUUCAGGUUGGACAAUUGAGUUCGAGGUCCAGCCUUGGCGUCAACGGGUCCUGCGUUUCUACGCUCCUGUUGUCUAUCUGCCCCUUUUCUUACACCUAGCCCUUUGUCAGAGUCUGAGAGCCCUCUCCCUCCCCUGGCCGACGACAAAGCGAGGCCAUCGCCAAACGGGCACUUUUCAAGGUCCCAAUCACCACCUCACCCAUGCAAGGUACCUAGCCGUCGAACCCCCUCCCUGGGGUCACGGGUGGACCAUGACCAUGCUCCCGCAUCUCAAGCGUGAACAAGAGGUGGACUGGGAGAGGGGACUAAUACCAACCAUCCCCUCGGCAGACUAUUCCACCGACAGGACAAGGCUUCAAAGGGAACCCUACAUAUCAUCCCAGCACGCGGCAUUCCCGCCGAAGGUGCCUGUCUGUAUCCGUACGGUACAGCUGCCAAACCGGUCACUGUCAGGGCCAUUUUGACAACGUCCGUCCGCUCCCACGGUUCUCAGCUGUAGAUCUCGCUUCACAUGCAUCUAGGCCCCCCUCCCUCGCCUACAUACAUCCCGCGCCUGUUUGACGAACCCA